AUGUCGAACAAGGGAAAACAUGUCACUCAUAUACUGCUGGCAGAAUUUGACAUUGACAAAGGUGCCUCGUUAACAUACCAAUAUCCUGAAGAGACUGGUACAGACGAGCAUCUACUGGCAGAACUCAUGCUUCCCGACGGAGCACACUUACGAGCAGAAGACUGGACCGUAUUCUUUUUGAAUCAGACGAUCCCAGAUCCAGAAAAAAUACAGACUGAUGAGAAGCAAAAAAAGAACAAGCCCCAAUUGCUCUACGUGUUGAAUUUGGUCAGGACGAAACACGAUACCAGCGUACGAAGGGGGGCAAUGGUUAAAGCAAUGGCUAUUUGUACAAAGCAUCAAUUUCUUCAUAUAUACAAGCCAGUUCUAUUAUUAGCACUUGAAAAAUAUUUUCAAGAUUCUUCUCGGGAAACGCUUGCAGCACUAUAUGAAUCAGUCAACUCUAUGGAUGUUUCCAAUAUGCCACAUCUAUCUGCUACAGAGAGGGCAAUUCUUCGCGCAUCAGAGAACAAAGACAUGUUUGAAGAGAAAUUUCUUCCGUUUGAGAAUAAUCAAGGCGAAAAUGGGGCUAAAGGAUCAGGCAAUGCAGACAAAUCAAGCACAGAAGCAGCCGACGAAGAGAGAUUGGCGAAACUUAAACGCGGAACAUAUAUAAAUUUAUCUUCAAGAGAAUUGAUGUCUAAUCUCAACAGUAAGAAUAAAGAUAGGCACUUUUUCGAGACAUCCGUCGUGUAUAAUGAAAUUAAGUUGCCGAUAAGAGUGCCAUUGACUGUCAUGCCGGAAGAAGUUGGUGAUUUCUCUCUCAUUAAGCUUAUUGCCACAUUCCAAAACUCUUCACUAGUCAGUAACCACCAAUACCAUUCACACCUUGACACGAGCGGUAGUCAAACACAUCCACUUAUACUGCUACUUAAUGCACUUCUAACGCAAAAACGGAUCAUUUUCCUCGGGCAAGGACGCCCAUCUGGAGAAGUAGCUAAUUACGUACUAGCAGCCUGUGCAAUGGGGAGUGGAGGUGGAGGUGUACUUCGAGGAUUCACCGAACGUGCAUUUCCGUAUACGAAUCUAACACAAGUGGAUGAAUUGUUGAAAGUACCGGGGUUUAUUGCUGGCGUAACAAAUCGUAUUUUUGAAGAUCAUAGUUCUUGGUGGGAUGUAUUAUAUAAUAUAGAGACGGGUAAAAUAACUGUAAGCAAGGAUAUCGCAAUGCCGACAGAUGAGGAUGAUGCAGAUGAUCGUAGCGAGGACAUAAAAAGUCCGUCUUCAGGAAAGGGAGAAUCGGGCAAAGACAAAUGGGAUAAUUCGGAUAAUGAGUUUAUUAAUGAGGUUAUUCAUAAUAUCAACCAUCACUAUGGAGAAAUGGCCAUUCGGGCAAAGUUUCAAGAAUACGUACAACGUUUUGUUCGGUUAGCGGCUGUAUAUGAAGCAGAGGUCAUAGGAUCGACUACGAUUGGAAUGGCACAGGCGAUUGACAGCAAAUAUGCUUCUCUUGGGACUGGCCUCGCGUUUCCUGAUGAAACUUGCAAACAGCGUGAAAUGGCUGCUAAUAUUAAUAGGAUUAAGGGAUGGAGGAAAAGCAUAUCAUACAAGUAUUACGAACAGGACUUUAAGGACUAUUUAAAGAACAGAUGUAUUAAGGCAUUCGAUGUCUAUCACCAAGUGGCGAAAUUGAAAACAUUAAAAAAUAUGCCCGAAGAAGACGUUGAGACUCUGUACAAAGCUUUUGUUGACAAUAUUGUAACGGAUGACCAGAUCAUCGAAAACCAAGGUGGACUCUUUCCAGUAGGUUUAGGUCUAUUUUAUCCACGUGAGAGCGUCCGUGCUUACACUGUUGAAUUGUUCAAGAGGAUAAGUGCACACACUACGGGUGUCAAGUUUGUCCAGAGUCUUAAUUACUUUCAGAAAUUCGCUUUCGAACGACAAUUAGCAUCCUUAUCAGACACAUCCGAUGCCAACUCGCGCGCCACUGAGCAACAAUAA